AUGGCUCUAUUCGGGGUUUGCAUCCGAGCCUCUCCAACUCUUCUACCCUCUUGGACUGGCUGUCCCGUCAAUGGCCCUCUUCUUCCCCGCCCAACAGAUCUCGGCAACUCGCAAAUCAUCCAGAAUGCGACGGCGAAGCUAGCCCAUGCUCUUGACUUGUCAAUUAGAGGCGAGAGAAAAGCAGGUUUCCAAGUCGACAACACGUCCUUUUCACUCGCACUCGUAUCACCAUACACCCCAGAUUCAGACCAAACCGGCGAGGAUAUUAUAUGGUCUUACCACCACCUCGGCAAGAAUAACGUCCAGGGAACCAAUGACUUGGGUGAUGAUUCCCAAUACAUGAUCGGGUCCAUCUCCAAGGUCUUCUCUGACCUCAUUCUACUCCAGUCGGACCUCGAUCUGAACGAUCCUAUCACUCAGUACUUACCGGAACUCGAAAGAGAGGGAACACCAAUUCAAUGGAGCAAUAUAACUCUUUCGGCUCUUUCAAAUCACCUGGCUGGCAUCCCAUCCAACCUACCUUCUUCUUUUGAGUGGUAUUCAUUGCGCUCUUAUUUCGAGCAAUUUGGGUUCCCUGUGCUCGAAAACGGAAGUUAUCCAAUCUGUGGUGUUAGUGGGCUAAGUAAAGCUUGUAACGAGCAGCAGAUUAUUGAUAUGAUGGCUUCUACACUGCCAGUUCAGCAACCAUACUCACAGCCUAUAUACUCCUCACUGGCCUUCAGUCUAUUGGGAAUGGCUCUCAGCCGAAAGACAAACAAGACAUACCAGGUGUUACUUGAUAUAGCAAUUAUUCGGCCCAUUGGGUUAACAAACACGGGUAUCUCCCCUGGAGAUACGGAGAAAGCUGUUAUACCACCUCUUGACCCAACGAGCCAGGGGUGGGGUGCAGACUAUGGAUUGAAUGCUCCUGGGGGCGGACUAUAUUCAUCUCUUCGAGACCUCUCAACCUUAGCUGCCCGAAUUCUGGACUACUCUAUAUUUCCAUCUCCUGGAAUGACGCAUCAAUGGCUCAAGCCACAAUCGAUGACGGCUUCGACCAAUAAUCUUGUUGGACGGCCUUGGGAAAUCCAACGGACAGAAAACCUAGUUCCAAGAAACCCACAUACUGUUGAUAUCUACAGCAAGAGUGGAGGUGCGCCGGGCUACAUUUCUCAGCUGUCUUUGGUGGACCAGUACGGCGUGGGAUUUGUCGUUCUAACGGCUGGUCCUCUAGAGGAUGCCACAGCAUCAAUUUUGAACGAUGCGCUCAUUACCUCUUUGAUACCAGCCAUUGACCAAGAGGGACACAGACAGGCUCGAAAAUACACCGGAAAUUUCUCAGUCCCAGUUUCAUCAGGUGUCAACAGUACACAGAAAGAGAUGCCAGUGGAACUUAAUCUCAUUAUGGAUAGCGGGACGGGUCUCAAGAUAUAUUCAUUGACUCGAAACGGAUCCGACAUUUUAGGGGGGAUUCAAGAACUUUGGGCUACAAUGAUACCCGAGACUGGAAUCCUCGGCUCUGAUUUCCGCAUCUACCCUGCCGAAGUUGAAGUCAAGGUCGAAGGGGAAGACGGCGUUUUUCUGGAGGACUGGCGUAUCAACUUUGAUGUCGUCCCUCAUGAUAAUGCUGCAAUCUCUGAUCUACCGGGACAGGGGAAAUUGUCAUCCAAGGUAUGCACUUCGUGGCAGGUGGCAGCUUGGCUCUACUACGGAGGGGAAGCUCUGGAUCGUGUCGUUUUCAAAGUAAAUCGCACCUCUGGAGAAGUUCUCGGGAUUGACGUUCCCUUCCUUCGAAGCGGAAUUCUGAACAAACCUAGGUUUUAG